AUGGAUGGGUUUGAUGAUGAGCACGUACCUGAGCAAGUAGAGUUUAAUGCUAAGAGUGACAUGAGAAAUAUUGUACUGAAGAAGGAGAUGAAGUUCCCUAAUGCAAAGGUUUUCAGAGUUGCUUUGAGGGAGUAUGCAAUCAAAAAACCUAUUGACAUCAAAUUCAAGCUUAAUGAGAGAACCAAGAUAUCAGUUCACUGCAAGAAUGGGUGUGGGUGGAGAUGUCAUGCAUCUCAAAUAAGUGGAGAGCUAACAUUUCAAAUUAAGACCUUGACUGAUGACUGUACUUGUCCCAAGUCUUUCAAAAACAGCCAAGCAACAUCAGCUUAUGUUGCUAAGAGGUCAAAGAGAAAGGUAAAGGAUUUGAUAAAUGGAGAUGAGCAACUGCAAUAUGGUGUCCUUAGGGACUAUGCACAAAUGAUAACCACUGUAGACAAGGGGAGUAGGGUUAUACUGCAGACAGAAAUGGCUGAGGAGACUUCCCAGCCAAAAUUUAAGAGGAUGUAUGUUAGGUUCAAUGCUCAGAAGGUAGGAUUUUUAGGUGGAUGCAGGCUAUUUAUAGGUUUAGAUGGUUGUCACAUAAAGCAUAGAUUUGGUGGGCAAAUCUUAUCUGCCAUUGCCAAGGAUGCAAAUGACAACAUUUUUCCAGUAGCCAUGACUGUUGUGAAACAAGAAACCAGGGAGUCUUGGAUAUGGUUUUUGGAAAUUUUUGCUGAUGAUAUAGGGAGGCUAGAGGAGUUUCAGUUGGUCUUCAUUUCUGAUAGGCAAAAGGGGCUUAUACCUGCAAUAGAGACACUAUUCCCUAUCGUGGAGCAUAGAUACUGUGUGAAACACAUCUACAACAAUUUUAAAGUUGAUCACAAGGGAUUGGAGCUGAAGGAUGCAUUGUGGAGGUGUGCUGCUGCCACAACAGUAAGGGAGUUUGAGAGAUGCAUGCAGUACAUAAGGGAUUUGGAUGAAAAGGCAUAUGAGUAUCUUGCAAACAUUGCACCUGCACAGUGGACAAGGUCACACUUCACUCCUAGGGCCUUAACAGAUUGUUUGGUAAAUAAUUUGAGUGAGUCUUUUAAUGCAAUGAUAUUGAAGUCUAGGGACAAACCUAUCUUGGCAAUGUUGGAGUGGAUUAGGGUUAGACUUAUGACUAGGCUUUACACAAAAAGGGAAGGGAUACAGAAGUAUGCUGGAAAGUUGUGUCCAAGCAUACAAGAUAGGUUUGAGAAAUUGAAGGUUGAAAGUAAGGCAUUUAGUGCUACCCCAGCUGGUAGUUUCCUUUAUGAGGUAGGCAGUCAGUAUGAGAGGCAUGUAGUUGAUUUGGUGAAGAAGACAUGUAGUUGUAGGUCUUGGGAUUUAAAUGGCAUUCCCUGCAAACAUGCCAUAACAGCCAUUUAUACAAACAUUGAGACACCAGAAGACUAUACCCACCCAUGCUACUUCAAAGAAACUUACAUGGAGAUAUACAAGGAGCCUGCUCCCCUGGCACCUCACAUAUACAAACCACCAGGCAGACCACCCAAGCAAAGAAAGAGGGCUUCUGAUGAGCCUAGGAACCCUUACAAAGCAAGUAGACAGAACAGACCUGUAAGAUGUGGGAAAUGCAAAAAGGAAGGGCAUAACUCAAGAGGGUGCAAGGCUGGCAUCACUGGGGAGACACCAUGGCAGAGGAGACAGAGACUUCAAAGAGAAAAAGCUGCAAGGGAAGGGGUGCCUGCACCUAGAUCUGCACCUCAGCCUGCACCUCAGCCACCAUCCCAGCAGCCUACCCAGACCUACAACAUGAUGUCUGCCACUCAGCCUUCAUCCUCACAGCAAGGAAAUCAACCUAGGCCAUCUCACAAGAGAGCAGGAUGGUUCUCUUCCUCACAACCAGAGUUUCACACACCUAGGGAGACCUGGGAUACCUUACCAAGUUCUUCACAGCCUUCACAUGCAAGUGGGAGCACUGGUGGUGUGAGGACUAGAGGACAGCUUGCUGCACAAAGGCCACCAAAAAUGAAUCCAGUGGGUGGAAAGAGGAAAGAGUAAAGGCAAGAAAUGAAUGAAGCUAGUGGGUACGCAUGCCAGCAUUGGGAGUAAAGCUAGUGGGAACA